AUGUACAGGAGGAAUGGGCUUCCUGCCAACGUCAGCAUCACCUCCGCCACUUCCCAGGAUAGUACCAGCUCAGAUUCCCUGGAUGGGCGUAGUUUGGACUCGGCUAAGAGCUAUGACGCUGUAGUGUUUGAUGUGCUCAGAGUAACACCCGAUGAGUUUGCUAGCCAGAUUACUCUGAUGGAUGCUCCUGUAUUUAAAGCAAUUCAGCCUGAGGAGCUGGCCAGCUGUGGAUGGAAUAAGAAAGAGAAGCAUAGUCUUGCGCCCAACGUUGUGGCUUUCACACGGAGGUUCAACCAGGUCAGCUUCUGGGUGGUGAGAGAGAUUCUGACCGUUCAAACCUUGAAGAUCAGAGCAGAAAUCUUGAGUCAUUUUGUGAAAAUAGCAAAGAAACUGCUUGAGCUGAACAACUUGCAUUCUCUUGUGUCUGUGGUGUCGGCCCUACAGAGUGCUCCCAUCUUCAGACUCAGCAAGACCUGGGCGCUGAUCAGUCGAAAGGACAAGGCUACCCUUGAGAAGCUAGACUUCCUGACCUCCAAGGAGGAGAACUACACCCGCAUGAGAGAGUACAUCAGGUCACUAAAGAUGGCCCCGUGUGUUCCUUACCUGGGGAUGUACUUAUUUGACAUGACCUACAUUGACUCUGCAUACCCAGCCUCUGACAGCAUCAUAGAGACCGAACAGAGGACCAAUCAGAUGAAUAAUCUUCUCCGAGUCAUCUCUGAUCUACAGGUGUCCUGUAACUAUGACCAUUUGGUUACCCUACCACAUGUGCAAAAAUACUUGAUGUCUGUGCGCUACAUUGAGGAACUCCAGAAAUUUGUGGAGGAUGACAACUAUACGUUGUCUCUAAAAAUUGAGCCAGGAAACAGCUCACCACGUCUUGUGUCCUCCAAAGAAGACCUGGGAGGACCAUCAGAGGUUUCAACGUCAGUGAGAUAUAACCGCCGGCCCACCUGCCCUGACACGUCUGUGGGAGUCCACCUACCCACCCCACCUCUGGCCCGCCACCGCAAAAGUCACAGCCUGGGAAAUACAUUGAUGUGUACAUACAGUGAGGCAGAGAAUAAGAGUACAACUGUCACUACAGAAAAACCUCGUCACCUUCUGGACGACAGCUUCUUAGAGUCCCAUAGCCCUCUCAGAAACCACACUCAUGAUUCUGUCUUCACCAAAGGCUUUUCAUUUGGCAGUGGAGAGAGUUCACUGAGUGAUGAUCUGUGUUCUCCUGUUGAGAGGGGCAGAAUGUAUGCCACUCUAGGACCAAACUGGCGUGUCCCUGUUCGUAAUUCCCCAAGAGGUCAAAGUUACCUCUACAGUCUCUCAGGGUCAUGUUCUAACUACGAGUGCAGCUCUCUGGGUGGCAUUACAAUAGAGGGACCCUUGAGAAGAAAGACUCUAAUGAAAGAAGGCAGGAAACCAACGUUAUCGUGCUGGACUCGAUACUGGGUGGUGCUGUCUGGCUCUACUCUCAUCUAUUUUGGGUCCAAAGCCCUGCGAGCAAAUGAGAGGAGACACUACAAGUCCACACCUUGUAAAAAGAUCGCACUGACUGGCUGGAUGGCGGCACUGCCCGACGACCCAGAACACCCCACCAUUUUCCAGCUGAGUAAUCCUGAUAAAGGUAAUGUUUACAAGUUUCAGACUGGCUCACGGUUCUCUGCAAUAAUCUGGCAUAAGCAUUUGGUGGAGGCCUGCAGGAGCAGGAGACCGCAGAUACCGGCCAACCUCAUGUCCUUUGAGUAG